AUGGUUGACUGGACUGAUAUGAUUAACAAGCAGGGGACAGACAAUGGUCGGAAGAAAGAUAUAAUAACCAAGGUUGACUGGACUGUUAUGAAUAACAAGGUUGACUUGACCGAUAUGAAUAACAAGCAGGGGACAGACAAUGGUCGAAAGGAAGAUACAAUAACCAAGGUUGACUGGACUGAUAUGAAUAACAAGGUUGACUUGACUGAUAUGAAUAACAAGCAGGGGACACACAAUG